AUGAUUGAAGUUAAAUUUAAUGAAGAAAAAUAUGGUUCUACACAAAUUCAGUCAUCAAAUAUAACAAAUGAUAUUGAUAAAUUAUCAACAAAUAUUAUAUUACCUCAAAAAGAUGUUAAAUGGGGUUUAUUUACUCUACAAUCAUCUGGUCAUUUUAUCAUUCAUCAAGAAACAAUUCGAUCAUUUCUUGAUGAAAUGAAAAUACGAUUAAUAAAUGCAACAACUAUUUUAGAAUGA